CAUGGAUAUUAUUUGUCCAGGAAAGGGAAUUUAAAAUAAAACGUAAGUUACGGUCACAGGUCGGAUACUGGAAAUAGAAACCAUCAAUAUAUCAUUAUCACCAUUCACAUGGGACAGCGUAUGUGCUAUUUGAUAUGACCAGUGGAUAAGUAAGUCACAAGAAUAUUUUAAUGUUUAGAUGCAGAUAAACCGCAUUAGGAUAAAGCACACGGAAUAGUUCACACGUGUUUAAGUAAUGGCAGGGCGAAGGAGGAGGGUUACGUUUGAAGAUCCUUGCUUUAAAUUCACACGACUGCUAUGUUUAUCUUGCUUCUGCAGCCGCCGCAUCUAUUCAGAAAACUCACAAUGCGGAACUCUCGGGGAAUGUAUUAAUCAAAGUAAUGUGCAAUCCUCUGUGGCCCGCAGUCAAUAAAGAUACAAGAACUGCUGCUGCUUACAGCGAGUCGUCAUUCAUUUCACUGUAACUGGUGUAUAUCCACCGAUAGCUGGACCCAAAAUAGAAGUGUUUAGCGACCACUUUUCAACUUGAAGUGUUCUUUGAUUUAUAUGGCGGGCUGUAAUUUUUUAAUAUGGAAGGGGGCGAUGCUGUGAAAUCUUGCCGUUUGCUUUUCCCGCAGCAGGCUAAAUGUAACAUAACAACUAUGCAGAACUACCUGUACGUUAAGGUGCAGAACCAAUGACCUGCAGAUGCUGGUUCACAAAAAAAAGACCCAAAAUGCUGGAAUAACUCAGCUGGCCAGCCAACAUUUCUGGAGAACAUGGAUAGGUGACAUUUCGGGUCGGGACCCUUCUUCAGAUCGAUUGAUAAGGUGCAAUAUGGUUUGUUUUUGAAAUUAAUAUUUCCAGUUUAUGCAAGAAAGGAAAAAUAUAGGAUAAAUACAGAUUCAUCAUAAAUUGUAGUCCUGGAGAAGUUUAAUUUCCAAAUUGAAGUCGGUUUAAUUAGCAAAUUGAUUUUGUAUGCGUGUGGUGUUCGUGAAAUCCCUGUUCAUCUCCUCUGUAUUUAUAAAUGUCAAGUGGCUUCUGGUUGACCUGAACAACCAUCGCCUUAAAUUGUGCUAUUUUCCGCGCCAUUUCCUAUCGGUCAUCCUUCAUGUUAAGAGUUUACAAUAUUAACAGCAGCCUAUAAAACAUAAAACCAUGACAAACGAAUUACCAUUUGAGGAUCUUCCAAGGAUGAACCUAUUGUCUGGAAGGCAGGACUCGCUGGAAGUGGUGAGCGACAGACAGGGGAAGAGGAUGCCCUCUCAGCGAAUACCCAGUGGGACAGCCCAAGCUUAUCCCGGGCAGCAGGUCGAUAGGAGCUCCAUAGCUGGGCUGAGGAAAUGCGAGCUCCCUGCUUACAGCGAUGCCAUUAGCGUCUGCGAGGCGGUGCAAUGUGAUGUUUCCCAGGGCCACGCUUGUCAAGAGCAAUCGGGUCGACCACGGGAGGAAUCUCUUGCCUCGGAGUCUUCUCACGCUAAUUGCAGCCACAAAGUGUUGGGCUUACAUUCUUGUACAUGGCAGCCAGCGAGGACCAGUAAAGGCACAAUGGCUUUGCUCAAACUGACCUUGAUGGCUUUUAGCUUCGUCUUCUGGACGGCCGGUCUAACCGUGUUCACCAUUGGUAUCUGGGCGAAGAUCUCACUCGGCAGCUAUUUGGAGUUGUCCACCAAUGACUACCCCAACACCCCCCACAUCCUUCUCGCCAUGGGAGCCGCCGUCAUUCUCUGGGGCUUCCUCGGAUGCUUCAGCGCUGCCACGGAACACAAAUGCCUUCUUAGGACUUACGGGGUGUUUCAGAUGGCGCUCCUCAUCGGGGGACUGUCCGCCGGCUUCUCUGCCUUGUUCUACCGUAAGGAUAUAGCCGAGGGCUUUCGCAAUGGCUUGGGUGAGACCAUCCAGGUCUACGGAGAAGACGAGGAGAAGGCCGACGCUAUCGACGACAUUCAGCGUACCCUGGACUGCUGUGGGGUGGAAAGCUACAAGGACUGGGUUCUCUCUCCCUGGUCUGAACAGCAAAUGGGGAAUGGUUCGGUCCCUUUGAGCUGCUGUACGGUGCGGAGGGGAUGCGAGAACAAUCCGGUCAUUCCAGGUGCCCAGGGCAUUUACAAGGAAGGCUGCUUCAAGAAAAUCUACAAUUUCGUGAACGACAACCUGUUUUACAUUGCCGUCGGGGCGCUAGGGUUGGCUGUGGUGCAAGUGGUUGGAAUUGUGUUGGCGUGUUUGUUGGCUUCAAGAAUCCCCAGAGCCGAGUUCCAGGAGGACAGAACUGCCCCGCUCUGAAUUUGGACACUGGACAUUCCCAAACAUCACCAGUGGGGGAAGAAAACAAAAUCCCCCAAACAAACACCAGUCUUGUAAAAAAAUACCGUAUGAUGCAACCGGAUUGUUUUGCCAAGUUUUAGAUGAUUAGCAAUUUAAAUGCGAAUCAAUCAAGAGAGAGUUUAAAUUAGAAUGCCUAAUAUUAUUCCCUUUUCAGGAAUGAAGGGAAUAUUAAAAUAUAAAAUUAACCUGUUAGGUUUUUACCGCGUUGCAUUAAGUACAAAGAGUACGACAAACUAUGUUUUUGGGCUCGCGUUAGAAAGGACAGAUAAUCCCACCUUUUGUUAAAACGAAAAGUCGGUGAGAGGCGGAAGACUUCUUCAAAGUAGACAUACCUUGAUAACCUUGAGGUCUUCAAAGUAGACAGACUUUUUGUGAAAAUAGAUUGUUUUAAAAAUGAUUUUCAAAAUGCGUAGACAUAGGUAGCUGAUCGGCACAAAGCGAAAUAUCCCGGAGAUUCAAGGGCCAUGCAAAUGAAAGGUUAAGCAUUACAGACAAUAUAUUAAACAAAACAAAAAAUAUUAGAAGGACUUUAAAAUUAUAACACCUUCCAGGGUUAAUUGUCUGAAGUAUAUUGGUUUAAAAAGCGCAAAUUGCAUUUAUAUAGCGCCUUUAAAGUCCUCAGAUGUUUCAUGGUGCAAUGGGGGAUUAGAAUGUAAAUAACCAAAUUCAUCAAAGUAACUCCGAGAGCAGAAAACGUGUUUAAGAAGGAACU